CAAAUCAAAAUCAAAAGCUUAAUUUAUUGAGAAGGAGAUGAUGACGUGGCCGGCUAGAUCUUCGCCGCAAAAGACGAGGAAGCCGGUUUACAUCGUGCAUAGCCCACCGAACACAGACGUAGACAAGUUAUCGACCAGAUCAGGUUUUAGCCCAUUCGGGUCACCCCUUAACGAUAAGGGUCAGGUCAGCGACUUCCUUCAUGACUCGGUGGCCGAGUCAUCUUCGAAUCCACGAUCGUCAGGACCAUUGAGAAACGAGUAUAGAAGUGUCCAAGUGCAUGAUCUUGACCGUCGAAUCCAUGAAGAUGAAGAUUACGAUGAAAUGGACGGCCCGGAUGUUGAGAAGAGGAGAAGGGUAAUGAGGUUUUACUCGUUCUUGUUGUUUACGUUGGUGUUGGCCUUCACUCUCUUCUGUCUCAUUUUGUGGGGCGUUUCCAAAUCUUUCUCACCUAUUGUCACUUUGAAGGAGAUGGUAUUGGAGAGCUUGAACGUGCAGUCCGGGAACGACCAAUCGGGAGUACUCACAGAUAUGCUAACCCUAAAUUCAACGGUCAGGAUCUUAUAUAGAAACCCCGCAACUUUUUUCACUGUCCACGUCACCUCUUCUCCCCUCCAGCUCAGCUAUUCCCAGCUCAUCCUCGCGUCCGGUCAGAUGGAAAAGUUCUCUCAACGAAGGAAAAGCGAGAGAAUCAUUGAGACCAAAGUUUUAGGGAAUCAAAUUCCUCUGUACGGAGGCAUACCGGCUCUUUACGCCCAACGAGCUGAACCGGACCAAGUCGUUUUGCCUCUUAACCUGACAUUCACGUUACAAGCACGAGCCUAUGUGCUCGGCCGAUUGGUCAAGACUAAGUUCCACUCGAAUAUCAAAUGCAGCAUCACUUUUUAUGGCGAUAAACUUGGCAAGACACUUGAUCUCUCCAAGUCUUGUUCUGAUCAUUGACCAAAAUGAACAACAUCAUGAUCAGUUCUGGUUUAGAGAAGAUUAAAUUAUUUCAUGAUUU